AAUGUACACCCUGACCUGAUUAAUUAUAUUGGGUGGCGUGUCGUGAUUAAGACACGAAUAUCGUCUAGCUAGCGGUUAAAAAUUAGACACGAUUCAGAUACAAAUGCAGUUAAACGUUAGAACCGACUUAUGAAUCAAUCGUUGAAAAUUUCGAUUUCUAUAUAAACGCCGAGCGUCGUAGCUUUAUACGAUGUCUGUCAGUCGAUCGUCUCCGACUAGAAUUUAUACUUUUUGUUGCACUGAAAACCCUAAUUCACAAUUUUCCGGCAUGUCAAGUUCCCGAAUUCUGUUUAUCCCCGGCUAUCAUUGAUACUUUCUUUUUCCUAGCCCUAAUUCCUCUGCGUUCGUUCUUCGUUUCUCCAGUUGUUUGAUUCUGACCGUAAUGGCUGCAAGGCUGACAAAGAACGGCAUCGCCGCCAUCAACGCCGGCGAUCUGGAUCUGAAACCGGUGUUUCAGGUGAUGGAGGUCACGAAGAUUGUUGGAUCGCAGGAGAGGUUUCGGAUUGUGGUGUCUGAUGGCACCACGACUCAGCAAGCGUUGCUUGCCACGCAGCUCAACGGGGUAGCGAGGGCUGGGAAAGUACGUCGGGGAUCAGUUGUUCAGCUGCUGGAAUACAUUUGUAGCACCGUUCAAAGUAGGAGGAUGAUCGUUAUCCUUAACAUGGAAGUUUUGAUCAUGGAAUCUGAGUUAUUUGGAAAAUUGAGUUGUCAUCCUGAAACAGAAUCAGCAAACCAGAAGCCAUCCUUAUUAAACAACUCAGGCUACCAAAAAGAGCGACUGCCUAAUGGAACAUCUCUAAGCUUGAGCUUUAAUGGUGAAAGUUAUCCACCAACAGUACAACCGUCUUAUAAGCCACCUCCAAAUUACAGAAGCCAUGGGGCAAUCUUGAAGAAUGACGCUCCCUCGCGAAUUAUCCCCAUUGCAGCUCUGAACCCGUAUCAAGGGAGAUGGGCUAUUAAGGCGAGAGUGACGGCGAAAGGAGAACUUCGGCGGUAUAACAAUGCCCGGGGAGAUGGUAAAGUGUUCUCCUUCGAUCUUCUAGACUCUGAUGGAGGAGAGAUUCGAGUGAUCUGCUUUAAUGCCAUUGUCGAUCGCUUUUUAGAUGCUAUUGAGGUAGGAAAAGUGUACGUGAUAUCAAAGGGAAGCCUAAAACCGGCUCAAAAGAACUUUAAUCAUCUUACCAAUGACUGGGAAAUAUUUCUAGAGACAUCCUCCAUUGUUGAACUUUGUCCAGAAGAAGAUGACACCAUACCUCCACAACAGUUCAAUUUCAAAGCAAUAAGUGAUAUCAUGAAUGCAGAGAACAAUUCAAUUGUAGAUCUUAUUGGAAUAGUUACAUCAAUUAACCCUUCAGUGACAAUAUUGAGGAAGAAUGGCAUGGAAACUCAAAGGAGAAUUGUUACUUUGAAGGACUCGUCGGGUAUGAGUGUUGAGCUGACUCUUUGGGGGGAUUUCUGCAACAGUGAAGGAAGGCAACUGCAGGAGUUGUUUGAUUCUGGGGCUUUUUCGUCUUUGGCUGUGAAAGCAGGUAAGGUAAGCGACUUCAGUGGGAAGUCAGUUGGUACUAUAUCUGCAUCCCAGCUCUUUAUAAACCCUGAAAUCCCUGAGGCUCUUAGCUUGAGAGAGUGGUUUGAUAAGGGAGGGAAAGAUAUUUCCUCCAAUUCCAUCUCUAGAGAAACUAUGGCCGUGAUUCGUCAGAACGUAGUUCGUAAAAAUGUUUCACAGAUAAAGGAUGAGGGUUUGGGAAGAGGUGAUAAGCCUGAUUGGGUGACAUUAAAAGCCACUGUCUCAUUUAUAAAGACAGAAAAUUUCUGCUACACUGCCUGCCCUUUAAUAAUUGGUGAUAGGCAAUGCAGUAAGAAAGUUACCAAACUGACUAAUGGAAACUGGUGUUGUGAACGGUGCGACAGAGAGUUCGAAGAGUGCGAAUAUCGGUAUCUCCUUCAAGCUCAGGUGCAGGACCAUAGUGGAGUAACUUGGGUGACUGCCUUUCAGGAGUCAGGAGAGGAAAUGCUUGACUGCUCAGCCAAAGAACUAUUCAUGCUUAAACAGCAUGAUGAUCCAAAAUUUGCAGAGAUUGUUAGGUCUUGUCUCUUUGUGCAGUUCUUAUUUAGAAUCAAAAUCAAAGAAGAGCAUUUUGGUGAAGAACAGAAGGUGAAGAUUACGGUAGUCAAUGCAGAGAAAGUGAAUCCUUUAACUGAAAGCAGAUACCUACUCGAAGAAAUCUCAAAGUUCGAUCAUAUAGCAUUCUAAGCCAAUGUGUCGGGUAAGAUUCUUGGACUAGCUUUCCGGCCUUGAUUCGUUGUAUUCAUCAUUGAGUUUGUUGGUUUAGAGUGAGCAUUAAUGAUUAGAAUUCUUUGAAUUGAAUAAGAUGUUUCUAAGAAGUGCACUAGCACCAUUUGAGUGUGUGUUAUGUGCAAUUCUGGAGACUAAAAUGAAUCUCCACAAGGUCAUAUGUAAUUCUUUUCUACCUGGAUUUGAGCUAAAUGUUGUCAAAUGAUUAUUUUAGACAAAAUGAACUCGUGGUUUUUUUAGAUCUAGAUUUUGUGGAUUUCGAUCGUGAAUCUGGGAUUUAUUAAAUCGUCUCAUUUUGUGGAUUUAACUCCGCGCGUUGCGAAUUUAGCGCUGGAGGAGUUUUACUCGCUUAAGGAAUUCUUCGAUGGGAAGGGGAUGGAGACAUGUGGAUCAGGUAACAAGAAAUCAAGUAGCACACCAUCCCUCCUGCCAAAGUUGUUGGCGUUGUAGCCUCUGUUGGGCAUGAGCCUGGAGAAAUUGAUGGAAAAAAGCUAUUAGUUCAAGGUCUAGUAGUGUAAGCUUUGAGGCUGUAAGCUCACCAUAAAUAUCCUUGCCCUCCUUUCCUGAAUCGAAUUCACUGGGAAGACCCCUAUACCCAACUUCUUUGAUUUGUUCUUCAGUCGAGAAGAAAUCAAAUCUAUUGAGAUCCCUCAACGAGACUUCCAUAACCACAACCUCAGUUUGGCAUAAUUGAUACGGACUAAAUGCUGUGAAGGGCUGACGAAUCAUGCAAGUGUAAGUGUCAUACA